AUGGAGACCGUUUUAGUCAUCGGAGCCACUGGAAAUAUCGGCGUCUCAGCCGUCACCGCUGCCUUGCGCUCCAAGCGCAACGUUUUGGCUGUUGUCCGCAACCAAAGCUCGGCAGACAAACUCGUGAAGUACAUUGGGUCAUCGGAUAGAAUUACUUUCGUCGAAGCCAAUGUUCUCUCGGACUCGGGAGUAAAGGGUGUCGUUGACCAAGUGCGAGAGGGGAAGCUGCCGGCUUUCCAGCAUGUGUUUUCUAGCGUUGGCGGCGAGUACACUACAACCCCCCUCUCGGAGAUUACCACCGCCCAGCUACGCAGGAACUUCAACAUCUCAUUUGAAGCCAAUUUCUUCGCCUACCGGGAUACCAUUGGCUAUCUGCUGGAACAGAAGAACCCUGCUAGCACAUGGACAAUUUGCACCGGGUCACAGGGCGACUUGGCAACUCAUCCGGUGCCGGCCAUGACGCAAGGCGCCUUGUUUCCCAUGACUACGGCCGCCGCCCGUGAGAACGAGUCUACGAACGUCCGUUUCAACGAAAUCUACCUUGGGUUCCGUGUUGAGAUAGACGAGCUCGCUGUGGAGCAUGGGGUAACGAAGGCAACGGAGUUUGCGAAUGUGUACGAGAUGAUCUUGGCCACCCCCGAUGUCCGCAGUUCGCGCAUCCGGGUCGAAGACGUUGAUGAUCUAAAGAAGUUGAAGUACCAGAAGAAAUUCUAG